UGCGGAAGAAAUGCUGUAUGGAGCGCUAGUCAGUGAGGAGCUGGAGAAUGCUGUGCGUGCGGUACUUGCAAACCUGGAUGGUCUUCACCCCUUCACCACCCAGCAUUUCAACAUUUUUCCCUACAAAAGUAAAUGGGAACAAGUGUCCAAAAUGAAGUUCAUGAAAGAGGGUGUAAAACUGUCUCCAUACCCCUUCCUAAUCACGCUGUAUGUGGAGUAUCGUGAACCAGCCUUUCCAUAUGCAGUGAAAAAUACCAACGCCUGGAACACACCGGAGAAACAGUCUAUAUUGAAAAGUCCACAGUGUGCUAGUGAGCCAAUGAGGACAGACCAAACCACUGCAAUGGAUUAUCCAGAAGAGGGCACUAUGAACCAACACAAGGAUAAUAAGCAAACCCCAGAGUGCUUUCAGUAA